AUGAAGGGUGCUUUCGCAGAUUUGGAUCCCCACUGUCUCUCGAGGGAGUUAUUUUUAUCGAAUCCAAAGUCUUCGGCCCUAAACGUCACACUGGCGCAGGAGUGUGGCACAGCUCGGCGGGUUCAAUGCGUCGAUAAACUAAUGCACAGUUGGUUCCCUGGCUCUCGAAUUUUACGCCGCAAUAAAGCAACUUACUGUAUAAUGCGUUCAAGAAUAUACCUUGGUUUCAACGCAGAAGGCCGAGGCCAAGAUACCUGUCUUCGAUUUGCCGUUGCAACCAGCCCGUUCCAACCAGCCCGUUCAAGUUCCAAGGUCGUAUGGGGCUUUAGAAUGCAGCCUUCUCUAGAGAAAGUUCGAGAUGCGUGUGAUCGUUGUCACUCAAAGAAGCUGAAAUGCGAAAGAUUUGGAGCAAAAUGUAACAGAUGCGAUCAACAAGGCUUAGCUUGCAUCUUUAGUGCCCGGCGACCUUACGACACCUCAAAACGGAUACGAAUGUCCAGACAGCAUUCGAUAACGCAUACUAUAGAAACACCUUUCACCCCACCUUUCGCUGCAAAUGAGAACAUAGGCAGAGGCGCCAAUCAGGUACAGACUUGGAAUGUCGACGAUUUCAACUCCAUAUUGAGCGUUCAUACGCCCACAGAGCUGCCGGCAUUGCUAUCACGCUCUGUGGAAGCUAAUAGGAUAUGGGGAGAUGACCGUGUCUUCGCAGAAAGAUCCGGAAGAGGCUCAAUCGUCUCCUCCAGCCCACCAGCACAUUUCAGAGGCAUGGACGAAAACAUGAUAAGAGAUGAUCUUCUUUCAAGUUCAAGGUCUGUCAUCAAUCCAAUCGCAGACGUCGCAAUAGCAAUCUUUCAAAUAAUCGAACUCGACAAUAUCCGCCUACAGCCUGACAGCCCCAUUCUAGUCGAAGUACCAUCCGGACAUCCCGACCUUUAUGCCCACACAUUCAACAACUCUCAAUCCCUAGUUCAAGUACUUUGCACUUCAUACAUACCGUAUGACAAAUCAGAUCGUGACAAGAUCCCCGACGCAGUCGACGACGCAGAAAUCCUUCUAGUCCUAUCCUGCUUCACAAAGCUUCUUGCCCGCUAUGACAAAAUUUUCACAUGCUGGCUGAGUCUUAUAGAAUCUGUCCUUCAUCCCCAAGAUUUAUUCGCCCCAGUAUUGAAAGAUACAAUUCUACAGCUGCUCCCACCGAUCUCGAUUGGUAUGUUCUUGGCACCGACUUGCCAUGUAGCGCAGCUCCAGCUCAUUCUUGAGGUCUCGGGGAACAUGUUUCAAGAGUUAAGUCAGUGUUUGGAGAGGGUGGUGGCGAGUAUUAGUGGACGGGAUCCCAUGGCACGUGCGGGUGUGAUUACGCAUGUUUCUGAUACUACGGCUGAGUUGGUGAUGAGUCGUGAGAGGGCUGUGAGGGCCAAGAAGGGAAUGUUGCUGCAGAGGAUUAAGGAUCAGGGAGUGCAGAAGAAGGUGGAGGUUCUCCUCUCUCCUUCGGAGAUCGGUCGGGCUGGAAUUACUCUUUCAGGGGACAUGCUUUACGAAAGAAGGGAUGUAUUACUAGCGAACCUACCAGAACGCCUGCGCAGCGAGAACCCAUAA